AUGGAAGAAGACCAAAAGAAGACAGAAACACUAAGUGACAUCUUUGAGAAAACGCGCACAUUACAAAUUAAAAAUGUUCCAACUUUCAAUGAAGAUCUUGACAGGAUACUUCAGGGUGGUUUAGAAUUCGGACAAAUGAUACAAAUUGUUGGGUUUCCUGGAAUUGGAAAAUCACAGCUCUGUAUGCAAGUAGCUUGCAAUGCAACAUUACCAAUUUCUUUGGGUGGGUGUAAUGGUGUUGUCCAUUAUUAUGACAGUGGUUACAAUUUAUCAUUAAAAAGGGUCACAGAGAUCUCAGAAUGUUUAGUCAAGUCAUUUCCUGACGAAGUCACUCAAGACUCAAUUCUCUCGAAAAUUGAAAUUUCUCGACCACAUUCCCUCCUCACGCUUUCGGCCUCUAUAUUGUCAUUAGAUCUGCUACAUUCCCCUCCUAAUGUUAUUAUCAUCGACUCAUUUCCAAUUUUCAUGAAACAAACAGAAGAGACUUAUCGCUUCUCAGCAAUGACUACCGUCAUGACGGCACUCGCAACGUAUUGUCGAUCACACCACGCACUUGUUCUCGUCGUGAACAACAUCACAUCAAAGCAGAUCAACACAAAUUACUUCUCUUCUACUUUCAACCCCACUCCCGACUUAAAGUUGUGUUUCGUCAGGUCUUGUGGGAUUCAUUUCUCUUCAUUUUUUAAGUAUUUCAUCUUCCUUUGUCAACCACUUAACAAAGACUUAACCGCAGUCGUCCAAUCUCCUUCAUUUUUCCUUCCUCAAAUGUGUACCUUCCAAAUCUUUCCAGGGGGCUUUAGAUAG